UUCAGCAUCGCACAAAAUGCUGUCCCACCUGCACCCUGUCGAUGGUAGAAGGAAUUAUCGCAAAGGAAACGAUUUUAAACGUUCCACAUUUGGUGCCUAUCCAGGAUAUUUACAGACAAACUUGUCAAUAGUUCCCUCUGAGUACGCUGAGGACUUUCGUAUAUUUUGCGAACAGAACCCUGGCCCCUGUCCCUUGAUAUUCCAGAGUGCCCCGGGACAAACAGACGCACCGGCAUUAGCUGAUGACUCGGAUAUAAGAACAGAUAUACCAGCUUAUCAGGAGUUCGAGAAUGGAGUUCCACAACCUGAACCAGUUCCUGACCUUCUACAUCACCCCUGGGAUGAUUUCGUGUCCUUCCACCUUGGCUGUAGUUUCUCCUUCGAUUCUAAAUUAGUGAGUAACGGCAUUGAAUUGGAGUCUGCUAAAUCAGGUAAUGUUUCUAUGUUCAUUACCAACAUCCCGUGUGUCCCAUCAGGCCCUUUUAACUGUAACAUGGCCGUAUCAAUGAGGUGUAUUCCUGUGAAUUUGCUAGAGAAAGCAGUUGAGCUGUCUGUGAACAUGGACUUUGCUCACGGAGCUCCCAUCCACAUGGGUAACCCUGAGGAUAUUGGGAUUAGUUACAUUAAACCGGGGGUAUUAAAGAAAGAUUUUGGCAGUGAAGGAGUUAUCCCACCUGGCACUGUGCCAUGUUUCUGGCCAUGUGGAGUUACCGGAAACGUAGCGCUGAGAUCUGCCAAACUCCCGAAAUCCUUCUGUCACUCUCCUGGUAAUAUGUUUGUUUCUGACGUGCUCUCGGAAAAUGUCCCUAAGAUGGUCGACUCUACUUUAUACCCCAAACCUUCAGUAGUAUGUACUGAUCCCGCAAGACAGAGAUAUGUAUCUGUAUCUCAACGCACUCUAUCCCAGUUGUCAGCUAUAGAGUCAGCUAUAACAGUUGAUCCUGGAAACAGAGGAUUAGAACACCUUGUGAUUCCGGGUGAGUUUGCUAAAGUCUGUCUUGACCUUUCUAACAGAGCCAAAACUGUUGGCAUUCUGCUGGGUUUCCCUCUGUUUGACUCAGACCCUCCUGAGGAGAAUGAUGGAAUUGCUGGGGCUAUAUAUCUAGCAAGAGCGCUUAAUGCCCUGGAUAUCGAGGUUUACUUUAUUAUUGACUCCAGUGCUAAUGGCUUGGCUAAAUGCCUAGGAAUUUGUAAGAGUCUAGGGUACACCCACGAAAAUAAUCCUUUUAUCCCCGUGGGGGGAACCACUACUGGACUGUCUGAGAUUGCUGAGGGGCAAUUCACACAUCUAAUAGCGAUCGAGCGUCCCAGCCCUGCUGCAGAUGGCAAAUAUUACACCAUGCGGGGACGUGACGUGAGUCACAAGGUGGGCGCCAUGGCUGAGAUAUUCCGGCAGGCUCAAAAGGAGCCUAGUAUAACCACAAUAGGUGUUGGCGACGGGGGCAAUGAGCUAGGGAUGGGAAAGGUGAGGGAGAGUGUCAUAAAGAACAUACCCCAGGGCCAGACAAUAGCAGCUGAUGUAUCUGCUGAUUAUCUUGUGUCGUGCGGGGUGUCAAACUGGGGUGGACUAGCAAUAGCAGCAGGGCUCUACGCUCUUCAAGCUUGUCCUGUUCAUGAUCGGUACCGACGUAAAGCUAUCGGUGCUCACAAGCCCCGCCCAAUCAAUGAGUUCCUCCUGAGUUCUGAGCAAGAUUUACAACUUCACAAGUGGUUGACAGAGUUAGGAUUUAGGGACGGGUGCACAGGACAGAAGGAGUUGACUGUCGAUGGGCUGGAUUACUUGGAAGUUCAUUCUAAGAUUCUAUGUGAGUUGAAAAAAGUGGUGGAGGCUUGAGAAACAGUUAAUAUUCAGAAAAUAAAUGUACGGGAACAGUUUGCCCGGUUUAAGUAUCUUGUCUGCUUUUAUAAUUGACUGAAUCGUUAACUUAAAUAUAGAAAUAGCAGUAAAGGAAGUCAUUACAACUCCCGACACGAUCCUUGCCAAGAAAUUUGAAUCAACCUUUACAUUUUUUUAAUCGACGUUUGUAUGUUCGUUGUUUUAGUUCUGAUUUCGCCAGACAUAUUCAAUUCAUAUAUUUAUUAAGCCUAAGGGGGAAGAGAUUUAUGUUGACUAUAAAUUAUAAUUAUGCUGUAUAAAGCUUGAUUUUUAAAAAUCGGUUUAUAUAUCAUAUUGCAUGAGAAUUCACAAUUCUGACAUCAAAAUCGCAUUAAAACCUUUUUUCGAAUUUUAGAUAUUUAGAAGUUCUUUUCUUUCUUAAAGGGACCACCCUAUCGCGAAUAUCAUUUGUUUUGAAGAUCUUUUCUUACUGAAAGAGAGAUCAUCAGAUGGCCUUGUACCAUGACGUCGCGCCAUUGUUUUUUGUUUUCUUGAAUUGUCUUAGAGCUGUGCACUCUGCAGAUCAUUUCAGUUAAUACAAUAGCGUUAUUUUUGCACAUAUAUAGUAGUUCUAACGCACUGACUACACACAACAGCAUGACAUAAUAUAUCCCUUGUGUAAGUAUGACCUAAUACUAAUACUUGAUCAAAUUUCUAGAACAUGCUGAAAUUCUCAUCCGUCAAAUUUUCCGUAGAGAGGUCAUGUCGUUGAGCGUCCUAAAUCCUACAGUGAAGCAACUGGAAACGAGGAAAAAGGAGCUCCAGAAGUUAGAUGCAACCAAAUACAACAAUGACACUGGGGUGGAAGAACUCUGGGCGGAGAAAGCGUUCAGACACGCCCAAGUCUACUAUAAGCUAAUCUGUAGUAUAAACUGCACCAAGUUAAAACUCUCUAAAUUUGACGAAGAAUUGUAUCAGAAUUACAUGGUUACUUUCCCCCGUGUGAAGAUAGAUGUGAUAGACGUGGACAAACUGAAGAGUGAAGCUGCUAAGAGACGGUGGAGGAGUUUCUGCCGGAUGUUUGAGUACCACGUGGAGGAUUAUAACUUUGGUACAUUGCUCAGGUUGGACUGUAAGGAUGGGUAUUCUGAGGCUAACACCACUCUUGUGCCUAGAGUGCAGUUUCUAGCGAUAGAGGUAGCGAGAAACAGGCAGGGUCUCAACAUGUGCCAUCUUGGUAAGGAUCCUAACUCCAAGAAGGAAGCAGGGCAAGAGGAAGCUGUGAGUGGGGCAACUGAGGAUAAUAACCAGGAAAACUGUGCAGCUGAGAACGGAAAAGUCGAGGAAUCUGGGGCCAAGGAUAGUGAACCUCCAGCAUCAUGACUAGAACUUUUUCUCCUCUGGCUUCUCUCACAUUUUCUUCCUUUAAUUCUUUUAUAUGCUUUUAGAACAACAGAUAAACUAAAAAAUAUCCGAUAUCAAACUGAUACUCUUUUUAAAAUUUUAAUGUCUUUUUCAAUAAUUCAGGGUGACCACAACUUUUACUUGAUAGGCUGAUUUAAAGUGCUUGUUAAUUUAAUUUAAUUUAUUAGUCUGUUGUCCUUCAAUUAGCAGUUGACUUGUGUACCGGGAAGUUUUUAAUUGUCAGUCUUGUGUUGAAGGAUCGUUUAAUUUAUUC